AUUUUACCACCGCAGCGUCGGUAGAUCACCUGUAGCCAGUAAUAAAGUUUUUUUCUAUUAAAUCAAGGGACAAACCGAACAGAACUCAUUAAAAUGCUUCGCUUUCUGCUUAUAAUAUCCUGUCUUGUCAUCGCCGGUGCAGUGAGUGACGGGGAGAGAGUGGAGGUAAAAAGUGGAGAAAACGUCACUCUGCGCGUCGAAAAACCUGGACUUGGGAAAGCGAGGCUAGUGACAUUACAAAAAAACUGCGAAAACGGGACAGAAAAUGACAUCUACUGUUCUCCCGAAGAGGAGAUGAGUGGAUGCACUGCCAAAAAAUCCGAAAAACUCUCAUUCAUCAUGGACGGUGACAGUUUUUCUGUAAUCCUGGUUGAUGUCACAGCCAGUGAUGAGGGAUGUUACGCUGUCUCACAUGUCGACUUCACUAACAUCGUGACGACGCAAAAGUUUAUCGUCAAGAUCAACGGGCCAGUCACAGAGAGGGACGCAGCAGUCCCAUCACAAGGUGAUCCUAAUGUUGCUGAGGAUGUGAGUCAAGAGCCAGUCAAAGAGAGGGAAGCAGCAGUCCCAUCACAAGAUCCUGCUUCUAAUGUUGGUGAGGAUGUGAGUCAAAAGCAAUUGCCCAGUACCAUUAACCCUGAACUUCCAUCCAUAAAUCCAUUUUCCACACCUGCUUUAACCACCAAAUCAGAAGAGACAUUUGAGACAGAUGGCCCAACCGCCACAGUCAGUACAGGACGAAAUGGCAAAAUCUCACUGGGCAUCAAAGUAUUCAUCAUAGGGGUCCUCAUAGCGGUCAUCAUCGGCAUCAUCUGCUAUAAAAAGAAGGGGCAAAAGAAACAUGAUGCUGAUGACUGUGCAGAGAAUCCAGGGGAAGGCAUUCAUCUCAACUCAAACACCAAUAGAGAAGCAGGUGAACCAGGCACAGAUGAAUCCUUAGAGAUUGUGGUUGAGACAAACAGUUCAGCAUAUAAUGAAGAAGGACCUCUUCCUGGAGCUUGAAAGGAUGAUAAAUGGAAAUACUGUGUGGACG